AUGCGCUUGUCGACAACAUUGUUCGCUGCAAGCUUCGCUGCUUCAGUAGUUAAUGCCGCACCAGGGGCCAAAGGAUUCAGCAAGUGGUGGCAACGGCAAGGCGCCAGCAAAUCUCACGUUGAGCGCGAAGCCCUUCGCUACAAUGAGCAGCGCAAAGAGCACGAGCUGCACCACCGCAUGUGGAAUGCCACCAAUGCGACGACCAGCACCGAGGGGUCCAAAGAGUCGGCCACCACACCAGCGGUGAUCACGGUACCUUACGAUAUCUCGUCAGUCAGUCACGAGGUCGUUACCAUCGACUGCCCUCUGCCCCCUGUCGUCAUCUCCGUCACGACGGUCGACGUUACCGUGACUGUCACUGCUGAGCCCAGCUUCAGACCACAUGAGGCAGGCCCUGUUGCCAACAAGACGGUCAUUGUGGAUGAGUCGACCACGUACACAACCGAAUGCGAGGAGGAAAAUAUGGCUCAAAUGACGGACGAGGUGGUCGUCGACUCAACCAGAUACACGCCCACGACAGUCCUUCUCACCACCACCACCCUCGACAAGAACAUGUCCGCCACUACUAUCAUCAUCACCGCUACUACGAUUGUUCCUUGCGAGUCGGGGACAGAGACCUCAACGCCCGGCGAAAGCGGAGAGCUGACAACCCAGCGCACGGCCGUAACGCCCACCAACCCGAUUCUGGACCUGACAACAUCUGCCAACUCCACGUUUGUGGUCUCGUCGACGCCGACUCCUUUUGUCUCCUCAAUUGUCUCGACUAUCGCAAACUCGUCCAGCAUCGAGUCUACCCCUGAACCAUCGCUGACCGAGAGCACGAUUGUGCUUUCCCCGUCUGCCACACCGUCGUCUUCCGUGAUCACACUCUCGCUCACGUCAGCCACUACCACGCCCGUGACCUCGGAGCAACUGACCACGACAGAGCCUCCGCGUACGACAGGCUACCCGCUCGUCUGCAUAGACACCUGGGUGAGCCCCGUGAGCACCGCCAAGAUGUCCGUGACACCGGCUCCUCUGCCCGAGCCCACACGCACCGCCAGCGCCGACGACCACGACACUGGCGCGCCCGAGGAGGCUGUCCUCUACUGCGGCAUCCGCGGUAAGCCUGCCGGCGUCUAUUUCCUCGCCGAGUUCAUCGAGGAGAAGUCUGGCGUUCCCGUCACGGAGGAAGGGUGCUUCCAGUUCUGCGACAGCGUGAUGGAGGCCACAGAGGGCUGCCAGUCGUACCGUUUCUACCACAAUGAGCUUGGUGCGCCCCGCUGCGCUCUGUACGGCAUGCCUGUCGCUGCCGUCGUCGACGAUCUCGACGAAAGCCAAGACGACGUGUGGUACGACUUGAAGUGUGGCUCGCCUACCGAGGAGGGCUGGCAAGACGAGGACGAGGCCCAGACGAGCGAGCCCGUGACGAGAAGCACAGCCAGUACCCCCGCGAUUCCAGAAUCGGUCAGUUCCAGUAAUGUUGUCGAGCCCACCAAGGCUGCCAGUGACGAGACCGAGGCUACGACAACCGCCCUCGCCGAGAUCAACCCUGCUACCACGAAGACUAUGGCUUCCGAGACUACGUCGUCGAUUGCUGCCGUGAUGACCCCGACCAUGGCCAACAGCACCGACGCUGGCAACGAGCCCAAAGACAACGCCAACAGCGGCGAUGGCAAUGCCAACUCGGGCAACGCAGGCAACAAUGUGGUAGGGGGCAAUAACUCGGGCAACAACCAGCAGGCCAGCCCGGGCGCGAACCUCAUCGACAUUGACAUCAACAACACCAACGGGCUGCUGUGA